GGUAAAUUAGAUCGAGUACGCCAUCUACAUGAUCGCAACAGCCGCGGAUUCGGGGUACGCUUUAAAUACCCACCAGUUCAGUAUCGCGAAAAGAUGGACGGUGGCGGAGCUUACGGUGGAGGAAAGGCUGGGGCUCCUUUCGACCCUAUCGCAUUUGUCCAAAGGCCUCAAGUAAUACUGAGAGCGUUGUGCUUGCUGUUUGCAAUAAUCGUCUUUGGAUCCAUCAGCAGUAAAGGCUACGCCUCGGUGGACGGAAAGGAAGUUUGCCUUUAUAAUAACGAUACAAAUGCUUGUAAUUAUGGCGUAGGAAUCGGUGUUCUUGCAUUCUUGGGAAGCAUCGGAUUCCUCGCUGGAGAAUACCUCUUUGAACAAAUGUCAUCCGUCAAGACGCGCAAACAUUACGUUCUUCUGGAUCUUGGAAUUUCUGGAUUUUGGGCGUUCUUGUACUUUGUUGGAUUCUGUUACCUAACCAACGCCUGGGGACAAUCAGAAAAGCCCAAGGGUGGAAUCGGUGUGAACGAUGUCCAAGCAGCUAUAGCGUUCUCUUUCUUCUCGAUAUUUUCAUGGGCUGGAUGCGCCUGGUUUGCGUUCCAAAGAUUCAAGCAAGGCACAGAUGCAGCUUUUGCUCCAAGUUACGAAGCUGAUCCAGUUGGAGGUGCGGGCUACACGAGUUACCCUGAUGCUACAGACGCAGCUUAUCAAGAACCACCUUUCAAUCAGCAACAACAGCAGCAACGAGGUAUGGGAGACUUCCAAGCACCUGCUUAUUAAAGUUAUUCUACGGACUUUGAGGGUUGGCUAUUAAAUGAAUAAAAUUAACUUGUGAGAAGUUAUGAUCUGUUUGAAGAUUCUAAUUUUUCUCGGCGACAUCUUGACGAAUUCAUCACAUUGUCACCCGCCAAAUUAUCCAUAGGUGAAUUCAUAGAGCUCUAUUGUAGUACUUGUGCUAUAAAUUAUUCAUUUUUUCAAAAAUUGGUACAUCUGUAUACCAAAAAUUAUCAAAUUCUAUUUAUCGUCAGACAAAUAUUUUCUGAGAUCAUAUUAAUCAUUGGUAUUCUCGCAUGUAUCGUCGGAGGUUGGGACAUUUUCUUGAGAAUAAUAAUGCUGAUAAUAAAUCUUAGAAGAAUUACACAAUUCUGUUGUUCAAACAAACUAAAAUAAAUAUCUUGAAACACACGUGUCGCAUAGUAGUCUCAACAAUGUAAAGGCAGGACUACGCUUUUUCUUGAUAGCCUGCUCUGCCGAAGUUUAUGAAAUAGGAUAAUUUUAAGAGAAGGGUUGAGGGGGUGAUAAGGACGAGUUAUUUGUUGAUAUGUGGUUAACUGUUGACCACUUGUACUUAAGUUAUCGUGCGCUAUUCAAUAUGAAAUAAACAAAUAUUUAAUAUAUAUGAAUAUUGAGCCGACUAAAUUGUCAUGAGGGCAAAACUAUAUGACCACUUCUCGACUAUACAACAAUGAACGAUUAGAAAAAAAAAAAAAAAUGAAAAAAAUGAAAAGCAUAAAACGAAGAUGAAUAGUAUCUAACGAUUAAUAAGUUAGUACAUACUGG